AUGGACAACAUCUUGGAGAUUCUACAGACCAUUCAUAUUGGUGCAGCCGUUGCAACUUUCCUUUUCAACACUGGACGUAUUAUGAAAGCAGUACACAUCUUUAACGAAUGUUUGGUGCUUCUUAACGGUAAAGCCCUAGAAACAAGCAAAGAACUUACCACACCACUUGUUAUCAAUGUAUACCAUAAACUUAUUGAUGGCUAUACUCUUGUGUACGAUCACACCCGUGCGAUAGAAUGUGGUAAAAAGCUUCUAGUGACACUACGCAAUAGUGGCCAAAAAGAAGCAGCAGGGAUGACAUUACUUAAAGUAGCGAACAUCUACUGUCAAACAAGCAAAUACGAGAAAGCAAAACAGUUGUACGAGAAGGCACUCAGCAUCAUGAUUAAGGCUGGAAAUAAUCGCAGAGUUGGAACAUGUUACGGAAAUCUAGGAACUGUGUUUCAAUCUGUUGGUCAAUAUACCAAGGCUGAAGAAUGCCUUCAAAAAGCACUAGUGAUCAGGAAAGAAAUCGGUGACAAAGAAGGAGAAGCAGCAGAUUACGGAAAUCUAGGAACUGUGUUUGAAUCUGUUGGUCAAUAUACCAAGGCUGAAGAAUACCUUCAAAAAGCAUUAGUGAUCAGGAAAGAAAUCGGUGACAAACGAGGAGAAGCAACUGCUUACGGAAAUCUAGGAACUGUGUUUCAAUCUGUUGGUCAAUAUACCAAGGCUGAAGAAUACCUUCAAAAAGCACUAGUGAUCAAGAAAGAAAUCGGUGACAAAAAUGGAGAAGCAACAGCUUACGGAAACCUAGGAAAUCUGUUUGAAUCUGUUGGUCAAUAUACCAAGGCUGAAGAAUACCUUCAAAAAGCACUAGUGAUCAGGAAAGAAAUCGGUGACAAAGAAGGAGAAGCAGCAGAUUACGGAAAUCUAGGAACUGUGUUUGAAUCUGUUGGUCAAUAUACCAAGGCUGAAGAAUACCUUCAAAGAGCACUAGUGAUCAGGAAAGAAAUCGGUGACAAAGAAGGAGAAGCAGCAGAUUACGGAAAUCUAGGAACUGUGUUUGAAUCUGUUGGUCAAUAUACCAAGGCUGAAGAAUACCUUCAAAAAGCACUAGUGAUCAGGAAAGAAAUCGGUGACAAAGAAGGAGAAGCAACAGAUUACGGAAAUCUAGGAACUGUGUUUCAAUCUGUUGGUCAAUAUACCAAGGCUGAAGAAUACCUUCAAAAAGCACUAGUGAUCAGGAAAGAAAUCGGUGACAAAGAAGGAGAAGCAGCAGAUUACGGAAAUCUAGGAACUCUGUUUGAAUCUGUUGGUCAAUAUACCAAGGCUGAAGAAUACCUUCAAAAAGCACUAGUGAUCAGGAAAGAAAUCGGUGACAAAGAAGGAGAAGCAACAGAUUACGGAAAUCUAGGAACUGUGUUUCAAUCUGUUGGUCAAUAUACCAAGGCUGAAGAAUACCUUCAAAAAGCACUAGUGAUCAGGAAAGAAAUCGGUGACAAAGAAGGAGAAGCAUCAGAUUACGGAAAUCUAGGAACUGUGUUUAAAUCUGUUGGUCAAUAUACCAAGGCUGAAGAAUACCUUCAAAAAGCACUAGUGAUCAGGACAGAAAUCGGUGACAAAGAAGGAGAAGCAGCAGAUUACGGAAAUCUAGGAACUGUGUUUAAAUCUGUUGGUCAAUAUACCAAGGCUGAAAAAUACCUUCAAAAAGCACUAGUGAUCAAACAAGAAAUCGGAGACAAAGCUGGUGUUGGAGCUUCAUACUUAAAUCUGGCAAAACUUUGUCCGGAAUUUCAACUUACUGCAAAGAGUCAAGAAUUUGCUAAUAAAGCACUUGAGAUAAGUUACGAAAUAGGGGACAUUGAAAUGCAGUUUAACAGCCACCUUACCAUUGCUCUGAACGAGUUAGUGGCAGGAGGAAGCAUAACUAAACUUCUGCGAAAUCUGUAUGAAAGCAUUCAGAAGUGCGAAGAAAUGCAUGAUUUUUUAAGAGCGAAAGAUCAAUUCAAAAUUUCUUUUUUUGAUGAGCAUGUGUCCCCUUACCUUCUUCUUUGUAGGUUGUUAAUUGCUACAGGCAAUUAUUAUGAAGCUCUUUACGUUGCCGAGCUUGGACGAUCCAGAGCACUGACAGACGUACUUUCAGAUAAUUACUCUGUGGAAAAAGGGGUAUCAGUCAACCCACAGUCAUGGACUGGUAUUGAGAACAUUAUGAACAAAAAUGCACUUAGUUCUUGUCUUUAUGUUUCCUGCUUCGGGGAUAAUAUGUACUUUUGGAUCCUCAAGCCAAACAAAAUGAUAGCUUUUCGACAAACGAGACUCAAAGAAAGUGCAGAUAAAGUGUUUGGAAAUCAGACACUUGGUGGCUCUCUUGAUUUACGUCAAGACCAAUGCGAAGAUCGAUCAUUAUUUUCAUGUGUAAGUUCCCCGCUAUCAUGCGAACAAUCUCAGAGUGACAGUUCCGAAUCUUUGCGUCUUAUCGAAGAAGAGGAAGACGAAAAUCACGACUCUAAACCUUUAACCCUUGCUGUUGGUUACACCAUGAUAGUCGCUCCUGUAGCUGACUUACUCCAAGAAUCAGAAAUCAUUAUUAUACCGGAUAACUUGUUGUAUCCUAUUCCUUUUGCUGCUUUAAAGGAUGGUAAUGAAAAGUAUUUAUCGGAUACUUUCAGGAUUCGCAUUGCCCCUUCCUUGACGACUCUUAAGUUGAUUCAGCUCAGUCCAGCAGACUACCAUAGUAAAACUGGUGCACUGAUCGUAGGAGAGCCAGACGUUAGUAUUGUAUACUACCAAGGAAAAAGUCGACAGUUACCGCCACUGCCUGGGGCGAGAAAGGAAGCAGAGAUGAUCGGGCGACUGCUCGGUGUUCAACCGUUGCUUGGAAAGGAUGCAACUAAGCAGGCAGUCCUGGAAAGCUUGCAUUCAGUAAGUCUCAUUCACUUCGCUGCUCAUGGUUAUGCCGAACGUGGAGAAAUAGCUCUUUCCCCUAUAAGCUCCUGCGGAACUCCACACGAAGAAGACUACUUAUUAACGAUGGCUGAAAUUUCACAAGUUCGACUAACAGCCAAGCUGGUUGUCCUUAGCUGCUGUCAUAGUGCACGUGGUCAGAUUAGAGCUGAGGGAAUUGUUGGAAUCGCUCGAGCAUUUCUAGCAUCGGGUGCACGCGCCGUGCUGGCGGCGCUGUGGGCUGUAGAUGACGAAGCUACCGAGUGGUUUAUGAAUUGUUUUUACCAGCACCUUGUUCGUGGUGAAAGUGCCAGUGAAUCUCUUCAUCAGGCCAUGAAGUCGAUGAGAGAGAGUCGCUUUCCUGACGUCAAGCAGUGGGCGCCCUUUAUGCUGAUUGGAGAUAAUGUGACAUUCAAAGGUUUGUAUUUGAUA